AUGAAGUUCAACGCUGCCCUCAUCAUGGCUCUGGCCCAGGCUGCCAACGCAAUUUCCCCUCCAACCCCAUCGGAAGUCGCCAAAUGCGGCGACCUAGGCGUCACCGGCAACAAUGAUACCGCCCUGCCUCCUGGCGUUGACCCCAGCCAGGUCCGAACCUGCGUCGAUCAUCCCCUUAGUAAUGAAACGACACCCGAGCACUCACUUGACAAGAGGGAGUGCUACUACGGCUCCAAGGACAAAGGCUGCGACAAGGGCUACUGCUGGAAGAAAUGUAAAGGCUCGGGCGAGGGGCCAUGGUGCUGGACCGCCCGCAACGGAGGGUUCGGCGACUGGUACACCUGCGGCGCUGACAAGGACUACUAG